AUGUAUCACAUGCCAUAUCGACAAAGGCGCGGCUAUGAAGCGACCUGUGCGGCGUCAGAGACUAUAUGUCGCAACUAUCCAGUCAGCGUGGAGGUGAAUGGGCAUAUUCAUUGUCAGGCAAUAGACAACGGAACAAGAUGUGCUUUGGAGGUCAAGCAAGGGGAUACGUUGGUAUACAGAUACUGUCCACAGCUUCAUCUUUGUGAGUAUCAAGAUUGUCAGAAUCUGAGAUCACGACAUCAUGAUCAAUACCUUCCGCUCUGCGACGACCACCGCUGCCAGUACGACAGCUGUCGGGAUCCUAGAGACGGUGGCGCUGGUGUGUUCUGUCGAUCUCAUACUUGCAACGAGCCUUACUGCGGUGCCUUCGCACCAGGGACGGAUCCAGACGACCCUCAACGUUUCUGUGAACGUCAUCGCCAAUGUCUAAGACCGCACUGCCCACGUCUCUGCCAUACUCGCGAGAACGGACACCCCACACCUUUCUGCGGUGCGCAUUAUUGCGAGGCACAUGACUGCGAUGAUGGUCGUGAAAGGGGUGCUUUCUGCCAUGCGCAUACGUGUGUCGAGCCAGGCUGUGUAAGAGGGAGGCAGACCCCUGGAGAGUAUUGCAGGGAGCAUACGUGCAGGACUUGGAACUGCCGCAUGAGGAAGAUUGGGAGGGAGUUUUGUCCGCAGCACGAGUGUGCCUAUGAUGGCUGUGACGCUGAAGUGGUGGAGGCUAGGUUUUGUGAUCGUCACCAGAGGCGUAUGGGGGCUAGGUAUGGAGGAAGAAGAUAUCCGGCUCCAGAGAUGAGAUAUCCUAUCUACGACGACCAUUCUAAGGGACAUAUCCCUAUGAUAUGUGUCCAGGCAUCCACGACAGAAGAGGAUGUGGCCGAAGACCUGAACAUGGCAGUCCAUUCUGCCAACACCACAUCUGUCACGUCCCCAACUGUCCAUCCCCUAGGACCCGAUCGUCCCAGUUCUGCAUUGAUCAUGAGUGCCCUGUAG